CCGACCAGGACACCUUCCAAGCUGUACUGACCCACGUGGCCGACCAGCUCAACAGGGUGUUCAAGAUGGAGGAGACGAAAAGUCACUUAGAUCAUCGCAUUAAUUUGCUGGAGAAACGCAUCGAAAUUGAAGGUUUAAAAGCCGUGGAAAUCGAAAAGUGCAAAUCUGAGAUUUCAUACAUCAGGGAUCAGCUGUGGAAUGCCCAAAAGAAGUAUGUUGAUUUCAAUAGAUUAAGGCCUAUCAUGACGAGCGGAACGUGUGAUCACUUUUUUAGCUCUCUAAGCGACGAGAGCAAAAUUAGUCUCAAGCGGGACAUACCCAAAUACCCCAAG